AUGAGAGCUGCCCAACCGCAUACACACCCAGUAGGAGCUCAAGGAGACCAACAUUAUCCACCGGCCGAACUGCAUCACUCUCGACGAAAUCCACUGGUUCGUGUGCAAGCCCAGACACUGCCACAGCGAGAAGAGCAUGCAUCUCCUCAGCACGAGUAUUUGAAGAAUACCGAUCAGAGGCGUAAUCGCUACUACAGGACAGACCGAGGAGAUGAGAACACCGUAGCUGCUCGUUCGUCCAGUAACGCAGUGAAGAAACAGGUUUCGAAUUGGUCACACAAGACAAGAGACGAAAUACUGUGUGAGCUGUUCCUUGAGAAAAACAUUGAUCUACGGAGUUCUCGAAAACUUGGUUGUGGUAGAUACAGUAAAGUAAUCACAGGGCAUUUUGUUUCAAAUGGACAUGCGGUGAGUAGUUUACCUGAAUCACUCUCGAGUUUACAGGGUUACAGAGCCACAAAUCGACCCGUGAAGGAGCACCAGGCGAUGAUUUGGAUGUCUCAAGUAAUAUCUGCAGUAUAUUACAUGCAUACGCGUGGAAUUGUACAUCGCGAUCUCAAAUUGGAAAAUAUCGUCAUCUUUCCGGACGAAGGCAUCAUCAAAAUCAGUGAUUUCGGAUUCGCACGUAGCGUGAUACGAGGGGACGCCCUUUCCGAAACAUACUGCGGAUCGAAAUCAUAUUCUGCACCGGAAAUAUUGAAAGGCGAGCCAUAUGAUCCAUACAAAUCCGAUGUUUGGUCAGUUGGAGUGAUCGCAUUUGUGAUCGUGACAGACUGCAUGCCGUAUUUUGUGAGAAGCGUCCCAAAUCCACAAAUUGUGGAAGCACAGAGACUUCGAGCGUAUGAAUAUCCCGCUAAACUACAUCUCUCAGCCGAGUGUCGCUUCUCAAUUGACACCAUGAUGACGUUCUCAUGGCGUGAUCGACCUAAUAUAUCCCAUUGCGGUUGUCUGCCGUGGUUUCAGUCAUUACCGCCUAACGCUUCACACGGGUUGAAAAUCCACAUUCUCGACUGA